AUGUCCGUGGCUCAAGGCGUAGUGGCUGCUUAUGAAGGUAAUCCUGAAGAAAAAGAUAAACAAUCAAAAUCUAAAACUUCACCAUCAAGAAUCAGUGGUGAACAUAUAAGACCAAUAUCAUCCAAUAGUUCAAGUAAAAAAGAUCAUUCAUUCUCAUCAAAAUUGGAUUUUUUACUUAAACCAGCUAAAUUCAGUUCAAAAUCUUCUAUUGAAGAUGAUCAUAGAAGUGAAACUCCUAAAGUUGUCAUAAAUGAUAAUGUCGAACCGGAAAUCAAUAACAUACAUAAUAGACCUGAUUCUCCUUCAGAUUUCGUUCCAACUUCGAAUGUUCAUUUUAGUUCUAUUCGUGAGUCACCCAUAAAUACAUUAGGAAGUGGCGAUUUAGAUUUAUCUGCAUUCGAAGUCAAUAAUAAUCCAAAACCUACAUUAACUUUACCUUUAACUCCAAGUCAUUCAAGUGAUAAUCUUCAUGAUUUGAAAAGAGCUUUAAGUCCUGAUAUCGUCAAUCGUCAAUUGCCCGUUAAUAAUCAGUUGACCACUGCUGGAACUUCAGAGAAUAAGAAGAUACGUCGAAAAUCUUUCAACACUAGUGCUGUUAAUAACGGAACUGUGACAAGCAUCAGAAGUGAUAGUGAAGACUAUGAUUCAGAUGAUGAUGAAGACACUCAACCUAAUGGAGCUCUUAGUGUUAAUGGAACUGAUGUUGCAUCUGAUGGAGAAGAUUUAGAUCAAAUUAUCGAUUAUACCAAUUUGAAAUAUGCAUCCAAUAAGCGGAAUAAAGAUUUCCAUCAGAUUUUCAAACGAUUACCGGCUACAGAUCCAUUAAUUGAUGAUUUCAGUUGCGCAUUAUCGAAAGAUAUUUUAGUGCAGGGAAGAAUGUAUCUUAGUAGUCAUUAUAUUUGUUUCAAUUCUAAUAUUUUAGGUUGGGUUACCAAUCUAGUGAUACCGUUACAAGAAGUGAUUCAAAUUGAAAAGAAAUCUACGGCAGUGUUAUUUAAAAAUGGGAUGAUUAUAAGAACUUUACAUCAUAAACAUACUUUUGCAACAUUUUUAAGUCGUGAUUCAACGUUUAAUUUAAUCACUACUGUGUGGCAUAAAGUGUUAUUAGAGAAUUCUGAUAUCGAUCCUUCUAAAUUAUUUAAAGUUGGUAGAGGAAGAAAUGGAUCUAAGACUUCUUUAACAUCAAGAUCAUUUGGUGAUGAAGAUUCAAAUGAUAUCUCAGAUGAGGAAGGGUCAAGUAAUAUCGAUGGCAUAUUAAGUAGUCUGGAGCAUGAUGAGAAUUUUAUAGAUGAUGAUGAUGAUGAUGAUGAUGUGGAUAUUGAAAGUGAUAGUGAUAUAUCAUUGAAUAGUGAUACAAAGGAUAAAGCAGAAACAUCAAAGGAUAUUGCUGAUAGUUCAGGUAAGGAAGAUGAGAAACGAUCAAGUAGUGAAGAAGCCACAUCGACACCUGCAACUGCAGCCGGUAAUGAUAGUGGGAAUGGUUUUAAAGGACUUCCACUUGUUGGUCCAUUGGCCCAUGGUCCAACUGAAAACGGUUAUGCAAAACAACCUAAUGAUACAUUUAUUAGUGAUGAAAUUUUAAAGGCUCCAGUAGGAGUAGUGUUUUUAUUAUUAUUUGGAGGUGAAACAUCACAUUUUAUAAAGAUUUUAAAGGCUCAAAAGAAUUUUGAUAUUGAAGAAUCCAAUAUCACUGAAAUCUCCACCAAGUCAAAGGAAAGACAUUAUACUUAUAUCAAACCAUUAUCAGGUCCUAUUGGUCCUAAACAAACAAAAUGUAUAAUUGAAGAUAAGUUGGUUGAUUUCCAGCCCGAAAAGUGUAUCUUGGUCGAACAAACCACUCAAACCCCUGAUGUUCCUAGUGGUAGUUCAUUCAAGGUCAAAACUAAAAUAUUCCUUAGUUGGGCUGAUCACAAUUAUACUCGAUUAUAUGUGAUCACUACUGUUGAAUGGAGUGCUAAAUCUUGGAUUAAAGGGGCUAUUGAAAAGGGAAGUAUUGAUGGUCAAAAGGAUUCUAUGAAAGUUAUGCUUGAAUAUUUAAAUGAUGUUAUUCUGACUGGAGCAAGUGCUAAAGCUAAGCCAUCUAAGAGUAAGAAGAAAUCAAGAAGUAGAAAGAAUACUAUUGUUAAACAACCAUCAUUUGAAAAACCAAUUGAAGUUAAGCCUAUUGAUAAGACUGCUUGGGAACAACUUAAUGAUUUCAUAGAAUCAUUAGGGAAGUUAGUUCCUAUACCUUAUUUAUCCAGUAUGAUAUCAGGGUAUAUUGUAUUUGUGGUUGGAUUUAUAAUCUUCUCCAAUAUUUUCAAUACAUUAACGCAUAGAACUAAUACCAAUGUUCAAAUCAUUGGUGAUGAUAAGUUGAUUUCACGGAUUAAGAUCAAUAAUAAUAAAUAUUUGGUUAUACCUACCGUUGAAACCACCCUUAAAGAUCAAAAAUUGAAGAUGGAUAAUGAAGUUGAAUUAUGGACAUGGUUGAAUAAAGUGAGUAAGAAUGAGAUUAAAAUAAGUGGAAUAGGGAACGAAUCAUUUGAUGAAGAUAAAGGACAGGCUAGUAGUUCUAAAUCUAAGAGAUCGGUAAAUCUGAAAUAUUCAGAUCAAGAAAUAGAAGAGAUUAUAAGAUUAACUCAAUUGAAAUUGGAUCAAUUAUCGCAAAGAUUCCAAGCUCAAUUGAUAUGA